AUGUCCAAAAGAAAACCAUAAUUUGACAUAGGAAAGAAUGAAGAUGAUGAGGAAGUAUUACCCUCUGUUGGCGUUAUUAAUACUCCUAGUGAAAUUCAGGAAAGAAAGUAAAUUUAUAUAUAUAUAAAGAAUUUUGAAGAUCAGAGGACCAAAACAAAAAGAGAAUAAUUAAAAUACAAAAAUAGUAAUAACUGCCCCACCUCCUUCAUUUGAAUAAGCAGGAUCUGAUUAAAAACUAUCAACACCCCCUAAAAAGUUCUAACCAACAAACAUCUUUAAUUCUCAACAGGAAAAAUUGUUUUUCAAUACUUAGCCAUUAAAUAGUUUAUAAUUGCCAUAGCAAUAAAAAAGUAAUAUCGGAUUAGUGAGUCCAAUAAUUGAAUUUAAAUCAAUUCGAAAGAGUGAUAAAUCAAUUGCUUCUCCAAAUUAAGAGACUAAUAAAACAAGUGAAAUUUUGCAUGUAAAUUUUAUGAAAAUAACAUAGAAUAAAUUAAAAAAAAUAAAAAUAGGAGAUAAAGAGCAUGAGAACAAAGACAUAACUUUUACUAUAGAAAAAUUAGGAGAGGAUCAUAAAAUAAAGAUUGAGUAUAAUUAUUUUAUUAAAAUAGGCCUGAUAUUUUUGAAGGAUUAAUUGAGAAAGAAAAAACAAAGAAAGAGAAUAACAUUGUUAGAUUAUAAUGUAAAAAAGAAGCAGAUUUACAUGACUUACAACUAGAAUUUGUUAAUGAAAAAGACUAUGAAUCAUUUAUUUUAUGA